AUGAGUGAAAAUCAAAUGUGGAGUGAUCUCACAAAUCCUAAACACUUAUGUGAGAGUAGCAAGCAAAAGUUAGAUGUGAAGUCAUUGAACCAUAAAAAAAGACUUAAUGAAGGAGAAGUUGUUGUGAAUAAAAAACGAAGUAGAGAUGAGAAUGAUAUAAAUGGGAAAGGGAAUGAUGGAAAGUACCAUGAUUCAGAUUAUGAAAUGCAUAUUUUGACUGAAAGAGAAAGGAGAAAGAAAAUGAGUGACAUGUUCUCUGAUCUUCAUGCUUUGCUUCCUGAACUAUCUCCUAAGGCUGAUAAAUCAACAAUUGUGGAUGGAGCAGUGGCGCAAAUAAAAAAUCUAGAAAAAAUUAUUGAGAAGUUAGAAAAGAAGAAGCAAGAAAAGCUGAAAUAUGUAUCCCUAUUUGGAAGUGAGUCAUCAUCUGUGAUCAAAAAAACACAUUGGUCUUCAUAUCCUAAUUCAAAAGCAUUAUCACUAUCAGCACCUCCACCACAACAAGUAGCUUUUCAAACAUGGUCUUCUCCAAAUGUUGUCACAAACAUAUGUGGUAGUCAAGCACAAUUCUCCAUAUGUUCUACUAAGAAGCCAGGUCUUUUGACACGUAUUGCUUUUGUGUUGGAGAAAUAUAUGAUUGAUGUUGUAUCUGCCAGCAUUAUAUGCAAUGGAAAUGGAAAUUUCUACAUGAUUCAAACACAUGCAAAACAAGGUUCACAUGACACAAAUUUAAUGGAGGAAAUUUACAAGCAAGCUGCUAGUGAAAUUAUGAUGUGGAUCUCUUAA